UUCUUUUGCGCGGUUUUACUUUUGUUCGUGUGCGUGAGGAGAGUGGGAAGUGAGCGCUCAGGCAUCUCCAGCAUCUCUCUGGUCUGUCAGGUUGGGGCGAGCGAUUUGUGUAUUUUUAUUCCUCGUUCCAAGGUUACGUACGGCACAGUCCGUUUCUCAAUCCUCCGAGUGGAAGAGCCUGUCGCGGAGUGGUCGAGGGGCCGCGGCGGAUGGUUGUUGGUGCUCGUUCCCUCGCGCGACGACGAUGCCUCCUCGACAUCGCGACUGACCCAAGGCGCAUCGGGCUCUUCGAACAGUCGGCCCCCUUCUCGAAAUGACCAACUCGUUGUCCAAGCUGAUCGAAAAGUUCUCGGACAGCCAUGGCGUGCCCAGGGAACGCAUCACCCGUGCCCUCGCGGCGGGCAUCUUCGCCGCGUACGUCAUCCGCGUCGGCUACCCGAUCGUCUCGAACGUUGCCGGCUCGCUCAAAAAGAAAGCCCGGGCGGCCCAGGACCGCAUCUCGACGACGAGCCCGGAGAGAACGCGCAUCAAAACGGUGACUAGUGUCACUGACCUCGCGCUGGCCGCGGUCAGUUCGCCGCCCGUCAAGACGGACUCGAACGGCGUGGGCACGCUAGCGUCUCUUCGAAGCUUCCCCGCCUUCAACAAGACGUUCGUGCUGCAGCUGUUCAAGCUCCUCCGGAUCAUGAUUCCUGGGGUACGGACGAUAGAGACCGGUCUACUGUUGCUGCACACGCUGUCGCUGGUCUCACGGACGUUCCUCUCCAUCUACGUGGCCCGGCUCGAAGGGCAAGUGGUCAAGUUCAUCGUCCGCAAGGACAUGACUCGCUUCGCCCUGCAGCUCUCCAAGUGGCUACUGGUGGCCAUCCCGGCCACUUUUGUCAACAGCCUGAUCCGUUUCCUCGAGAGCCAGCUGUCGCUGGCAUUCCGAACGCGGUUGGUUCGCUACGCGUACGGGCUGUACUUCAAGAACCAGACGUACUAUCGCGUGAGCAACUUGGACGGGCGGCUUGAGAAUGCCGACCACUGCCUCACCGAGGACAUCACCACCUUCAGCCAGUCCGUGGCGCACCUUUACUCACACAUCACAAAGCCGAUGUUGGACGUAGUGGUAAUCACAUUCACCCUGUUUAGGAUGGCGCACGAGAUGGGUGCGUACGGCGUGCCAGCCCCUGCCAUUGCCUUCUGCGCCGUCUGCGUGACGGCGCUGAUCCUGCGCAAGAUGACACCGCGCUUCGGCAAGAUGGUCGCAGAGGAGGCCCGUCGCAAGGGGUACCUGCGCUUUGUGCACUCCAGGCUCAUCGCCAACGCCGAGGAGAUCGCGUUCUACGGCGGCCACAAGGUGGAGCUCGGCCUGCUGCAGAAGAGCUACCGGGCCCUGGCGCGGCAGAUGAACCUCAUCUUCAACCAGCGGCUGUGGUACAUAAUGCUGGAGCAGUUCCUCAUGAAGUACAUGUGGAGCGCCACGGGCAUGGUCAUGAUCUCCCUACCCAUCAUGACCGGCAUCACACCCAGGGUGGAGGACGACGACGACGACCUGUUCCAAGGGGACGACGGGGUGAGCACCCGGACCCAGUUCAUCACGACGGCCAAGAACAUCCUCAUCGCCGGCGGAGAUGCCACCGAGAGGCUCAUGUCCUCCUACAAGGAGAUCACGGAGCUGGCCGGCUACACGGGGCGCGUGUCCAAGAUGCUGUCGGUCUUCGAAGACGUGAGCGAGUGCCGCUACAAGCGCACCCUGGCGGUCACCAACGAGGGCUCGGUCAAGAAGGCCUUUGGCAUGAAGGGCUUGACCUUCAGGGACGGCAUGCCCGAGAUCCGAGGUGUGGUAGUGGAGCGCAAUGGAAUUGUGGUUCUCGAAAACGUACCCAUCAUCACUCCGAACUGCGACGUGGUCGUACCCAGCCUGACCUUCAAGAUGACGCAGGACAUGCACCUGCUCAUCACGGGUCCCAACGGCUGUGGGAAGAGCUCCCUGUUCCGCAUCCUGAGCGGCCUCUGGCCCCUGUACUGCGGGCAGCUGCAGAGGCCCCCCAACAAGCAGAUGUUCUACAUCCCCCAGAGGCCCUACAUGGCCCUGGGAACCCUGAGAGACCAGGUGAUCUACCCGGACACUCUGGAAGACAUGAGGAAUCGGGGCUUCAACGACGAGGACCUCGAGGGCAUCCUGAACAUUGUCCACCUGCAGCACAUCAUCGUCAGAGAAGGAGGCUGGGACGCUGUGGGUGACUGGAAGGACAUCUUGUCCGGAGGAGAGAAACAGCGGAUGGGCAUGGCACGCCUCUUCUACCACAGGCCGCAGUUUGCGCUGCUGGACGAGUGUACGAGCGCAGUCUCCAUCGACGUCGAGAGCCAGAUGUACCAGGCAGCCAAGGACUACGGCAUCUCGCUCCUCACCAUCACCCACAGGCCGUCUCUGUGGAAGUUCCACUCGCACCUGCUGCAGUUUGAUGGGGAAGGCGGCUGGCGGCUGGAGCCACUGGAUACCUCGACGCGACUCUCCCUCCGCGAGGAAAAGGAAAACCUGGAGGCGCAGCUGGCCGGAGUGCCCCAGAUGGAGAACCGGCUGCGGGAGCUGUGCUCGGUGCUCGGCGAGGAGUCCCUCAUUCUCGAGACGAGCUCGGUCGCCAAGCGGCCGCCUGCGGAGUUCGCCACUGAGAACCUCUCGGACUAGGGCCGCCGUCCCUUCCGGUACCACUCCCGGGGUCUGGGAUUGCUUCGGAGUCGGGCCUCUUCUCGACGUAGUCCGGAAGAGGACGACAAUUGUUGGAGAUGCACGAACGCUCCUCGUUUCAACAAACGAGGCAUCCGUGGUUUUCUCUCAGGAAUCCGGCGCUUUCUGUUUUACGGGACACCCGGACAUACGUGAUGCCGUCACGAGUUGUAAACGCAUACAACGAGAGCUUGGGCAAAGCUGUGCACUCGAGCGCGGUAUGGACAGGCAGCUGUAGUUUUGUUUUGGGAAUCUGGUGCGCAUUUGUGCUCCCCGUCUUAUGGGACGAUGGGACAUCCAUGGAGCCGGAGCAACCUGAAAGUGCAUAUGGCGAGAGAUUGAGUGUUGUUGAGCGGUGAAGCGCAGUAUGUACAUCUUGUAUGUCGUAGGCCAUGUCGAGGCCUGGCGCCGCGAUUUCGGAACUACGCCGUACCUCUCGUCAAAGUUCUUGGGUCGACCUAGUUCGUCUGGCAUUUUCGCGUCGAGCUGCGGUGUGGUGUAGAAACAUGCCACGCCGCUCGUCUUCAUCGCCCAUGGGCUCUUUGGGCCACCGUAAAACUGGGCGUUAAUGCGUCUUUAUUUUUUUUUAGCAGAUCUUGUUUGUUUUGGAUCAGUUCCAAAACAUGGCUAUCUGAUGCGGACGCCACGCAUUGAUUGCCGCGGUAGUGUUUGCUUUCCGCAAACCGUGGCACGCGUUUUUACCGACGGGUUCGUCGACGGCAACUUUUGCAGACAGGCGACGAAAGUGUAGGAGCGACGACGUCGACGACCGGUGUCCCCGUGACGGUUUCAGCUGUGCCGAUGCCGCGAGUUUCGUUUCACGACGGCCCACACAGCGAACUAGCGUUUCGUUGCCAGGUCGGCAUGCCCCAAUUUGAUUUGGCCGCCGCCGCUGUAUACUCUGCUCUUUCGCUUUUCUCCUAUCUAUGGUAAACGCCACUUUUUCCGAACACGGUUUUCUUCCUUGUCGUUGUUUUGUUUUUCGUGCAACCUUCUCGUUUCUUUGUGAGGCAGCAACUUUCUGGGGUUCUUCCAUCCGUGCAAACGACUCGAUUCACGCUUCAGCAAUUUUGCUGUACCUCAACAUCGCUCCUCUCGUCUGCGCUCUGUGGAGUACUGAGGACUGGUGGCCUUAGCCACUUCCUUUUCUGUUCAUCUUUGUUCUGUCUUGGCAUUUGUUUUAGUGAUGUUGUGUUUUCAUGUGGCUACAUAAAAGGUAAAUGUUUUGUCUACGACCCUUCAAAAGUCGGCUGCGUAACGUGUACAGAGUGAAUGAUUUGAGCAGAGUCUAAUUAUUCAAUGAGGGGAUUGGUGCAAUUGUGCGCUGUGCAGACCUGUUUCUACAAGUGCAGUUUUUGCGUUUUCUUCCUAAUCUUUGCCAGCUUUCUUUUCUUGUGUGAUGGUUUGGUCUGGUCUUUGAGUAGUUCUUUUGAAUGGUUGGUAUUAGGGUGCAUUGGAAGUGUAUCGAACGAGUUUGUAUUGAGCGAUCCCAAUAUGCACAUUGAGAAUGACAUAGCGCUUCUCAAUCUUAUUGACAUAGCUAACACAUCACAAUGUCAUGCUUUUUUUGUGUACAGUGGCGACUUUGCCCGAGGUUGGGGUUUCCUAGAGGACGACAUGAAUGCAUAGAUAUUUUGAGACUUCUCGGUGUUGGUGUCGUCGUUUAGAAAAAAAAAAGUGCCUCGGGUAAAGUCUCCAUCCACGUUUCUUUCACGUUCACCAGCUCUCUAGCGCCUUUGUUUUUAAGAUAAAUCCAAUACAAAAAUUUUGCAUGUGACAAAUAAUUUGGAACUAAACAGAUCAUAACGUUAAUUAAUCCAAGAAUUUCAGAGUGCUAGACAAAAUCCUUGGUGUGCAAUUCAUGGUUUGCACAAAUUUUAGCAAUCUGUAUCAAUACAAUUCAUGAUCGGCAUAAGUUUUAGCAACGUGUAUCAAGUUUUUUAAAAAAAAAUGUGGCUUUGAUUUUUGUAUAGAAUGUAGUAUACUUUUCGGUUUCAGUUUGUUAGGUUCCUCAAACUUCUGGAUGAGCAAUUUGUUUUAAAUUUCGUAUUUUUAAGGGCUCAAAAGUACUGCAGUGUGUAAAAUCUAUGAAUCUAGUGAAAGCUUUUCGUAUUUUUCCUUCCUCACGCGUACGCCUUACGAAAAACUUGCGCGCAGAGUUUAACACUUCCUCCGCUUAUUUAUUUGCCUCCAAAUACAAGCGUGUACCGGUCCGUAAAUUAAGCACGUAACGGUUAUAUCCCACACGCUUUAUAUUAUACAUAGCAUUUUAUCGUGUUACAUAUAGGUUUACUCGAGUCCCAACAAAACCAAAGGCGUCCACUUUUUAAAGAUUUCCCACGUCGUAACCCCUCAAGGUUCGGGCCGGAGUCGACUGCAGGGCAGCGACCGUCCAUUGCGCCACGAGCCGUUGUACAUAGUUUUCUUGAAAUUGAGUUUCGACGUCGGAUGUCGUCGUCAACGAAAAGAAAAGACCCGAUGCUUGUACAUAACAGACGGGGUUAAGAAAGUUUACCGACAUUUUGCAAACUAAAACCACCACCACUAAACACCCUGGGAGUGUCCGGUUCGUCUCUGGGAUCGGUCCUUCGACACCAGUAACCUUGACCACCCGAGGAGUGACAACAACAAAGUGUGCAGAUUUUCAAAGACCUUAGGGUGGGCAGGUGUCUUGAGCAAAAGCAGGCAUUUGCUCCCGAUUUUUUUUUUUUUGGGGUGGGAGGGGUUUUUGCAGACUCUUUUUCGGAGUGAUGGCACAAUUGAAAUAAAGAUUUGUAACCAAA